GCUGGAGAAGAGCCGUAUGGUGGACACGGCGGAGCGUUGUAAUUGGUUGCCUGGCGGUGGUGGGCGGGACAGAGCGAGUCACGCUGCUAUCUGAUUGGACAGCAGAGGGAGAGCGUUGGCAGGCGGAGGAGCGGGACUCGGGAUACCCAAAGUUAAGAAGUUUGGGGACGCGGACACACCUCGGGAUUUAACCUACAGACUGGAGAGCGAGGAGUGUAAUAAUUAGCCUGCUAAACUGUGGUUUAGAUACACAAUUAACACGGUGCUGAGCCACUAGACAGACAGUGAUGUCUGACAACAGCACCGGCAGCAGUGGGUCAUCAAAUAACAGCUGGACUCUCCUUUCUCCUGAGGAGGCUGCCAUUGACACUGCUGGAUCAGUGGAUGAUGGAACGGAGAGUAUUGGUGAUGCACCAAGCCUUUCGGAGGAAGUUGCAGCAAGCUCUUUGGAGGUGAAGCCGAGUGAGAGUGAAACUCCACUAGAGACAGUCUUGUCAGAAGAGGGCCACCAGGUUUGCCAGGAAACAUCCCCAGAUUUCUUUGAAGAAUGUGGAGCUUCUGGCCUUGCCUCUGUUGAAACUGACCCUGAUAUUUGUGCCCCUGUAAUCCAUGAUACUAUAACUAGCUCCCCUCCUGACAAUGACCUUCUUGGAGCAGUUCCCUUCAGCAUAGCUACAGAAUCCUCACUCUUUCUUCCAGAGGAAGCUGUGCUUGAGCAAGAGACUUUUCCUGAAGUACAGCCCACCUUUGAACUUCCUCCCAAGGAAAUCCCUGCCUCUGGUCCUGUAGCAGAGGUGACCCCUGACCCUGAACCAACAGAAAUAAGCUUCUCUCCUGAGACUCCUGAUUCUCCCUUUCCUGAUAUUCCAGCAGAUGUAAUCCCAGCCUCUGUAGUUAUUCCUACCUCUGCAGUCCCUGUGGUAGAUAUUCAUGCUGAGGUAAGCCCAGGCUCUGAAAGCCCAGCUCCAAGUCAGCCCUCUGAAGCUGAAUUUGGCUCUGUAGCCGAGGGCCCACUGUCUGAGGACCCCUGCCCAGAAACUGUUACUUCAUCUGUGUUGGAAGAGGAGGAGGAGGAGCCUUCCAUACAGGAAGAAGAAACUGAAUUGGGAGACAACUCGACAGAUGUGGUCAGGGAACCAGAAACUCUUGGUGCAGAAAUCUCGCUGGACUAUCCAGAAGAGGGUGAUGGUCUGCGACUCCGACAUGUGCAGCAACACACUGACAUCCAGAGACAGAGCUCAGAUGAGGAAGAGGAGGAGGAGGAGGAGGAAGAAGAGGAGUUUAGGCUGCCUGAGAGGAAAGAGGAGAAGUCUGGUUUCUCGUUGAAUCAUCUUAUUAUUGGAGCCCUGGCACUGUUGUGUCUUGGUUCCCUUUUCUUCUCAGGUUUCUCGAGUGAUCAGUCUGGUGAUUUUGAUGGCUCAGAGCUAAGUGACCAGGAACUCCUUGAAAAACUUGCUCAAGAAAACAAACAGAUUUCCAUACUGGAGGCACAAAUACAGUCCCAAAAAGAAGAGUUGGACAAGGCUCUGAGGAUAGCUGCAGAAAAAGGAGCUACCGACAAAGAAAAUGCCAAGAUGAAAGAAGAACUAUCUGCAUUACCUGCACUAAAAGAAGAACUAGAAGCACUAAAAUCCAGAAUCACUGAGCUCACCCAACUCACAGCUGCGGAACCCUCAGAAACAUCUUCAAGCUCUCUGCCAUCUGCUCCUGAUGUUCCUGGAGACAGUCGGGGUCCUACAGGCCCUGAUGGUGUGUGGGAUAAGCAAAAGGAGCUUAAGAGACAAAAGUCUCUCUUGGAAGAAAGCAGAAAGAGACUGGAAGGCAUAAAGAUACAUGGUUGGCACAAGAAGGGAGUGAGGGAGAGUUUGGUUGAGUUGCAGCAGAGGUUGUCAGAACAGGUGGACCACUUGGGCAAAAGAGAUGAGUGGAAGAGGAAGCAGAAGGAGCACAAAGACGGAAAAAAGGUGUGGACUGAAAAGGGCAACCAGUGGGAAUCGGGAGAUGUGGAGAAGAGAAAGGAUUGGAAGCUUGGCAAAGACAAGCAUGAUGGGGGUUCUAAACACAAGGAGCACUUUAAGAAGUACCGUGAGGAGUGGGAUCAUAAAAAGGGCGAGAGGAAACUGGAGCGAGAGAGAAGGAGACAAGAAAGGCCUUGGCAGGGUAAGACUGACCACCACCACCAUAAUCAUCACAAACAACAACAACAGAAGCAGCAUGAUUCUGUGGCCUUUUGGAGACACCAAGAAGAGAAACUGCGGAGGAACCAGAGCCCUCCUGAGCAUUGCCGUGGUGUGGCAGACUGCGCUGAGGCAGAGGGACUCGUUCCUGUCAAGCUGUCGGAGUUCCAGGCUCUCCUGGAGGUCUACGUAAGCAAACUGGACGGUGAGUCUAAAGAGAACCUAGAAGCUCUUCGUCGGCUGGUUGCCCAGUUUUUCCGCGGCAGCGUUUUCAGUCAUGACCACAUGCUUUUUAGUGAGUUUGCUGAAGACGUGGCCGACAUCUUGGAGGACCUGGCAGACGUUUUGACAGACGAUGACGCUCUGGAGGAGGAAAUGGAGCAGUUUGAGAAAGAGGCUUUGUGGAAAUUUGCUGCCACUUCUGCAUAAAGCAGUAAAUCUUCACUUGGCUGGGAGCAUAAAAAAGCCACAUGAAGGAAAAAAUAUUAUACCACACCAAACGGAGAUGACUGGGACACAUUCCUGGGAAAGCCCAGGCUCUAUGGACUCUUAACUGUAGUCUGCCUGUAGUGUGUGCAAAGAAGUGUGUGCGUCUUUCCCGAGUCUCGUCAUGAAACGUAGUGAAAUUCCACCAGUACGUUGGGUGCCCUGUCGUGAGCUACCUCUGUUCUUCAUGCUGGUUUCCUUGCUUGCUACCUAAAGCAUCAGUUACAUAAAAGGAGAGUUUUUCUUGUCGCUUCUUAGUGUCGCAUGAAAUCAGUUCAUUUUCAUCAACACAUUUAUGGAUCCUCUGCCCUUUUAGUUUAAUAUAUUUUGGUAUGUCGGAGGUGAACUGUAUGUCUGGAUUUGUCCCUGCUGGUUUGGACAACCUGUUUACCUGUUUACACUCAUGCCAUGAUCUUGCUGACUGGUCAAGUGUCAAACUGGUUUCUGCCCUGUAUAGCUGUAUAUGUAUGACCACUUUGUAAGUUGUUUUUGAGUGUAAGAUUCAUCAGUGCACUGUUGUGAACGUAUUUGUGAGGGAAAUUCAACAGUGCUGAUCUGAUUUGGUGUUAGAAAAAAAGUUUAAAUUUGCAGUAAUCUGCAGGGGAACACGGUACAAGUUUUAUAAUUGACAGUAAUAAUUAAACUACCUACUGCACUGAACAAUCGUAUCCACAUUCACGCUGCAGGCUUUGUGCGUUGUAAGUUACUGAAGUAAAUUUGAUUUGGAUUUAAAAAAAACUACA